CUCCCCCUCGUCUCCGCCGCUGCCCAUGGCUUCCCGCCGCCCCUGCUGACCGGCCGCCCCUCGCCUCCUCCCGAGCCGGGCCGGGCCGGGACCGGGCAGAGAAGAUGGGGAACACCACCUCCUGCUGCGUCUCCUCCAGCCCCAAGCUGCGCAGGAAUGCCCACUCCCGGCUGGAGUCCUACCGCCCCGAGGCCGAGCUGAGCCGGGAGGACACGGGCUGCAACCUGCAGCACAUCAGCGACCGGGAGAACAUCGACGAUUUGAACAUGGAAUUCAACCCAUCAGAUCAUCCACGAGCCAGUACGAUAUUUCUCAGUAAAUCGCAAACAGAUGGAGGUCAAUGCGUGAGAGAAAAACGCAAGAGUCUCUAUAUAAACCACCAUCCUCCUGGGCAGCUGAGAAGGAAGUACAGUUCCUGCUCCACUAUUUUCCUGGAUGACAGCACAGUCAGUCAACCAAACCUCAAGUAUACCAUCAAAUGUGUAGCUCUUGCAAUAUAUUACCACAUCAAAAACAGGGACACAGAUGGAAGAAUGCUCUUAGAUAUUUUUGAUGAAAACCUUCAUCCCCUUUCGAAAUCCGAAGUGCCACCAGACUAUGACAAACAUGACCCGGAGCAGAAACAGAUUUACCGCUUCGUUCGGACGUUGUUCAGUGCUGCUCAACUGACUGCUGAAUGUGCCAUUGUCACCCUGGUAUAUCUUGAAAGACUUUUAACUUAUGCAGAGAUAGAUAUUUGUCCGGCAAACUGGAAGCGAAUUGUACUGGGUGCAAUUCUACUGGCAUCCAAAGUUUGGGACGACCAGGCAGUGUGGAACGUGGAUUACUGCCAGAUCCUGAAAGAUAUCACGGUCGAAGACAUGAAUGAGCUGGAACGCCAGUUUCUUGAGCUGUUGCAGUUCAACAUUAAUGUUCCCUCCAGUGUUUAUGCCAAGUAUUAUUUUGAUUUGCGUUCCCUGGCAGAAGCGAAUAACCUGAGUUUUCCUUUGGAGCCCCUCAGCAGGGACAGGGCGUAUAAACUUGAGGCCGUUUCCUGCUUGUGUGAAGAUAAAUAUAAGGACUUCAGGAAAGCUGCAAAGAAGCGGUCAGUCAGUGCUGACAAUCUGACUGUGGUUAGAUGGUCCCCUGCUAUUAUCUCCUAACAGAGGAGACUGGAAUAUUCCUACGGACGUACUGUUUCAU